CCCAGUGUUCCCUGUUGUCGGUUUUUUUUCCCCUUCGUCACGGGAAAUAAUGAUAAUGUGCUGAGGCCUCACGACGCGAUUUUGACCACUUCACCGGGUCAUCCACUUUCCCCAUUGCGCGACUCAGAGCUGCCUCUUUCGCCGGUGGUCAUUAUAUCCUCUAGGUCGCUGAUUCUUCUUUAUAUUUUGGACCCUUCGAAGAGGCGAUCAUGACCGACAAGCUCCCGCCUAACUUGCUGGCGCUGUUCGCGCCGCGCCCUCCUCUGCGAUGGGUUCCAGCUCCUGAUCAACCGCCCGAGAAGAGGCGCACAGCACCCGUCAGUGGUUUGGCGCAAUUCUUGCCUGCGCUCCACGAAUACAAGGAUAAAGACGGAUACGUGCCAACCGAGAGCUGGUUGCAGAUGAAGGACCGUAAGAAGCUUGGGCACAAGGCUGAGAUGGAGCGACUCCUCACCGAAGGGCCGAAAAACUUCAAACCUCACGAGGACCCCAACAUUCGUGGCGACGCGUUCAAGACUUUGGUCGUUGCGAGACUUUCGUAUGAGGCGAACGAGCAGGACCUCGAGAGGGAAUUUGGGCGCUUCGGGAAUAUUGAACGCAUUCGCAUCAUCACUGACACACAUGCACAUGAAAAAUCCAAGAACAAGAAGAGGAAACCCCACAGGGGAUACGCUUUCGUAGUGUUUGAGCGAGAACGAGACAUGAGAGCUGCUUUGGAAGCCUGCGAUGGAAUCCGAAUCAAAGACCGGCGUAUCAAGGUAGACGUCGAGCGUGGCCGCACGGUCAAGGGCUGGCUACCUCGUCGCCUCGGUGGCGGCCUCGGCGGCAGGGGUUACACCAAAGCCCUCCCGGCACGCCCUAUGGGGGGUCCCGGGGGCUAUGGCGGUUUCCGCGGAGGCUUCCGAGGCGGGUUUGAAGGUGGCCGCGGCCGCGGCUUCCGGGGCGGCCAUGGGGGCCGAGGGGGUUUCCGCGGUGGCCCUAACGAAUUUCCCAGGGAUGCACCCUCCGGGCCCGGCUUUGGCGGGCGUGGCGGGGGUCACGGCGAUCGGGGCGAUCGCAAUUUCUCCGGGGGUGGGUUUGACCGAGGCGGCCGCUCACACGAUGAUAGACCUGGCGGCGGAUUUCGCGACCGGUUCGGUGAUCGCGACCGGGAUGGCGGCCGACGUACGGGGAGCAAUAUGGAGCCCAUCCGACCCAGAGGCGAAGGUGGGUAUCGCGACAGGGACCGAGAACGCGAUCGCGAUCGUGAACGAGUCCGCGACCGAGAUGGUGCCCGAGACUAUGACCGCCCUCGCGACGACGACAGCCGGAAACGAGGAUUUGAGGGCGGCUACGAGGACCCUCGAAAGCUACGCCGCUACUAAGCAAGGUUGCCACCCACCGAAGGCCUUGUGGUGGGUUUCCUUCUCGUUUUAACUUUCAUCAUCCAUCUGUCUCUCCGUUGGUCUCUUUUCUCGGCUCGCCAAUUGAGGGGUAAGCCGAAUUUCGCAAGCCGCAUCUCGUCUGUCGUAUCUAUACGAUCAGUACACGGAUUCCCUUCAGAUAAUCCCCCACCGUUCGGUCGGGUAAGCCUGCGAUAGAUCGCAAAACCGCAACAUUUCAGCCCUGUGGUGGGCAUCCCUGCGUUGCCAAUUUUUAAGACUGAUGAACAAGGUAACCCGAUGACCUUCGACCAUCUUGUGAACAAGUUUUACUGCUUGGAGCGGGUCAUACCGCAGC